AUGUUGGUGGACCAAGGGGCCCACCCAGAGCUGCUCUUUGGGGGAGUGGAUGAGGAACCAGACAAGGACCAUCGUGAGGAUGAUGAGUGGCGGGAGAGUGGGGAAAGUGGAAGGAGGAAGCGGGGACCCAGGCCCGGGGCGGCGUCCGCUCGGCGCACGUGGCGCUCGGCGCUGCGCAGCCGGAACGCGGAGGGUGGGGUGUCCGCGGGUAAUUGCGGUUUCCCCCUGGAGCCCUCGGAGCUGCGCCCAGACGCGAGGGCGGGACGCCGGGGCCGGCGGGCGGCGCGGGUAACGCUCGCUGCCCCGGGGCUCGGCAGGCGGUUUCUGUGUGGAGUCCCGCCGAGCACGCCUGGCGGCCGAGGGAUAUCCGAAGGCGCUAAGGCACGGGGCGGAGAGCAGGCGCCGAAACAUCUCGGAUCCGCUGGAGGCCGACGGGAGGGCCGGGGCGACUGGCUAGGCAGCAAGGCCGCUCGGUGGAGGCCCUGCACCCGGCGGCCCGCCCCUCCGGACCUGCAGAUCCGAGCGGUUUGCGGAAACCCGGCUGCCCGGCGCCUCCGGCUCGCACACGCUCCGAGCUCCCACGCCGCAUCCCGCCCCAGGGAAGCGCCGCUCAAUCCUGACCCCAACCUGGGGACCGAUCUGAGCUUGACUUCUGCCUCUGCUCCGCCCGCAGUCUCGGAACCGCACACCGCGGCCAGCAGGCCAGGACGUCGCUUGCAUCGCGCUGGGGUCGGGACCAGGUUUCCCGAGCAAGGCCGGGCAUUUGGGCCCUUGAGCGGCUUUUGCGAGGAUCAUCAUUUGGGCUAUUCCCCUGAAGUCAAGCAUGAAAUCUAUUUAGCUGGAGAGCUACCCAUUUCCUCUGACCUGCAGAAGAAAUGCCCUGUUCUUUCAGAAUCGCUGGAAUGCCAGAAUCCAAAGAAAACUGGAGCCACAUGCCUGGGCCCCUUGAAGUCCUCUCAUCCCUACUCCAUGCCAAAGGAACAUGCUGGCAGAAAUGGAGCAGACUUACAGCGCUACUUGACCCAGAAGCACAGCUGCUGAUUCAUCAGCAGAGGUCAUUGUGUGACUUUAAGUUGCUAUGGAUUUAAGACUGUCUCUUAUCAACUGGAGUAUUUAAAUCUCUUUUGUCCCUGGGACCUUUUGGGCAGUUUUGUAAAGACCUAUAGGCUCCUCAGAAAAAAUGUUCUUAAAUGCCCAAAUGAUACUGAAAUCAAGUUAUCAGAAUAUUUUAAAGAAAUUUAUGAGGUAGUAUUAUAUUUGCUUUCUUAUUUAACCCAUUAAAUGCAAAAUCUUGUGGUGGGUCUAAUAAAUUAUAUAAUAUUGAAAUAGGGAUAAGUGUGAAUAAUAGUUCAAACUUAUCAACAAUUAUGGUGUGAUAUGAAGGGAUCUGUGAUUUCUAUUGCUGACCAAAUCACAGGGACAGCCAAUGCUGUAGUUUAUUGCCUUUGUGCAUAAUGAAAAGCUAGUUUGUAGAAAUGAAGAUGCAAUUUUUUUCACAUCCAAGUUUAUGAACUUCUGCUUUUAUUUGAUUGCAUUUCCUAUCACUCCCCUUCCAAGUGAAGGGCCCCGUGAAGGAGGAAGAGGAAUAGUUCUAAUAGUACAGUACUUUGGACAUAUGCAGUGUUCAUAGCCAUUUGAAUCUAUUUUGAUUGGAUUAUGCUGGGCCCAACUUUGGAG